AUGGCACCGCAAGAGCUGAAGGAGACAGACAUUCAUCAACUAAUUACUAUCUUGCGAGACCUGUUUAACGAGUAUGAAAAUACCGAGCCAGGAAGCACUACGCCAGGAAGCACUACGCCAGGAAGCACUACGCCAGGCAGCAGCGCAGCGCGACAACAGGAACACCCCUCCACAGUCGACUGGGCCGCUUUCAUCAUCUUGAAUACAUCACCCGAGUGCGCCGAAAUCCGGACGAUUGUAACAAAGCAGCUUGUUGCUAUACAAACUAAUCUGGAGUUUGCUGCCAUGAAUGACACUAACUCUCCGAAUAGACCGGACGUUUUAAGAUCACUCAAAGAUGCCGAAAGAUGGAACUGGAUCCAGCAGCUGGAAGGCACAACCUCUGAAGCGUUAGAGGCCAUCGAUUCCGCAAUAGACAGACUGAACAAGGUCAAAGGAGCACUACGCGACACGACAAUAAACGAACGGACGGACUGGAAACAGGCUCACAUCAAUUCCGACGCCUCGAGUACCCGCAUUCCAAUUCGAGAAACGACUCAAUCACUCAAGAGCAAGAUCGAUGACGCAAAGUCACAGCUUGACAAGGGAAAUUACAAGGAAGCCGAGGAGCAAUACCGGGGAAUAUUAAAGCUGUCAUCCGAAUCUACGGGCAUCCGCGAGCCAUGCAUUGUUUCCAUCAAAUGUAACCUGGCAAACGCGCUCGCCAAACAAGGCCAGCGAGACGAGCCUGAGAUCCUCUAUCGCGAGGCACGGGAACUCGGUACCGCAUGUCUUGAAGAAACGCAUCCCAAUAUACUCGCAUGCAGGAUUAAUCUUGCACGUAUGCUUGAGAUGAGAGAAAAAUACGACAAAGCGGAAAAGAUUUAUCGAGAUGUUUUACGGCUUCGAAAAGAAGCCACGGGUCCCAGCAGUCUGUCGACGCUCUCGACAAAAACCAGACUUGCCAAUGACUGGUAA